AUGUCAAACAACUUAAGAUCGUCGAGUCCCUCUGAUAGAUUCAUCAAGCCACACUUGCCACCACUACAGCACAAAAGACCUUCGCCACCUGAAUCUGAUGAUUCUGAUGAUGAUCACUUCACCUUCAGUCCCGUCAACUCCCCUGCACUUAAUUCUGGCACUUUUACAAACGGCAACAGGAAAUUUGUUUUGACUCCAGCGCAUGAAUUCUACUACAGACAGAAGCUACUAUCAUUGGCUAGAACACAAUUCAAAACUGUCAACGACUACAGUACGCACGUCACAGCAAUUGUACAAAAAUUAAUGGCUGCCGGUGUACGCCUCACUGAAACAGAAGCUACACACGCCUACAUACGUGGACUACCCAAUGUCACUGCUCAAGCUGUACUCUCUUCACUAGAAAAUGGAACCUCUUUUACAGGUGUACAGAUACUGACGCAGUCAGUCGAAGAGGCACGAUCAUCUGCUGUUAUGGCUGGUCAGUACGCAGCUGAGCAAGCCACCGAGCCUUCAGCCGAGCCAGUCGAGACACGCGCAAAGAAACCAUCGACGAGCUCUAAUCGCAGAGUUAGAUACAGAUCACACUCAGUUACUACGCAACCAACUUCCAAUCACCUUAUGACAUCCCUCACUUCCACGCCUCAGACUUCCACCAUGUCUAGACCUCGCUCUAUUGCAUUCCCUAAAACUCACAGACCGAGUAUGUCGAAUACGAACGAUAUAUACGACUCAGAUAGGACGCCGGUGUCUGACUCGCUGCCCAAGUUCACUCCACUUAGCCCUCCUUCACAAUCUUUGCUAAGCCAGACUGAAAAUUUGUCUAUUUGCUCGCCAUCGAGACAUCCAAGGCCUGUCGCACGAAGAUCGCCGUACGCUUCCCCCACUAAGUCCUCACCAGUCAAGGCAGAAGGCACGUUUGGAUUGGGUUUGGGGUUGCAAUGA